CGUCAGGGUAUCUUGUUUACAAACGUAGAAUGUUAGCGUCAUGUUAGUUUCAUAUGUUACUUCGUAAAAAUAUUGAGAACAAUAUACAUAGGUGCUUAAAAUGGAUACUAGCAAGACAAGAAGCAUCAAAUCACUUUUGUUGCAAGCAUGGCGUGAAAGAUGGUCCGAUGUCACGUGGGGCAUCCGCAUUAAAAGUGUCCUUCCUCGAGGGGUAAGCGGAGAUGUGUAUGAUUUAGCAGACUGCAUUUUGCAACAAGCUCUUGUAGGCCCAGGACCAAAUAAUUUGUUUAUGUCAUAUUUAAUGCAUUCAUUAAGUUCUCGUGUUGUAUCUUAUGGUGCGGUUUUAUCAAGUAUUGGAAGGUAUCAAAGUUUCUAUAAACCUUAUUGCAUAUUAAGUCUUUUAGAACUGUUGAAGACUUUUCAGUCUCGGAUUGGGUGUCAUGGUAACGAAGAAGAAUGCAUUGCAUUGUGCAAAGCUGUUGUAAGUGUAACCCAUUGGCUUUAUUCAUGUGUCUUCAAUUCCAUUACAAAGUUGGCUGAAUUGAAACAAAGUCCGGAACAUAUAUCUAUCAUGGAAAAAUCUUAUGAAGCACUUUUUUACUUCAGUAAUUCAACAUUUAUAAAAUCUCUGCUUUUUGUGGGCAAGUUUGAAGAUCAGGGAAUGUAUGCUCAAAUGUUGCAAAAACAUAGAGAACUUGAAAACAAAAUAAAUCAAGUUCCCAGUGCAACUAACGUACCUAAAGAAACAAUUGAGGGUGCUUUGAGCUUAGUCGGUUCAGUUGAUCUGUUACCAAUGGUACCUUCAGAACAAGCACCAAAAACCAACAAAAAACUUCAGCUGAUAGCAAGUACAAUAAACAUAAUGGUUGGAAUUGAUGCUAUUUUAAACCCUGCCAGUGAUAUUAGUGCAUUUGUGAAUCAACUGCUAUUGUUAAAGAAAUUACAGAGUUUCACUUUGUCUCAGUUAUAUUGUGAAAUAAUCCGUGCUUGCUUUAUUGGAAUUACUGAUACUGCUGCUACUAAUGAGGAAUUGAAGUGGUAUGCAUUUACUUUUCUAAAAGUUCCUCAUUUAAUAUCGCAUAUUCAUAAAUUAGUAGAGGAUGAAGACGAUGCUUUAGAGAAAGGGAUAGACAUACUGUUACAAUAUACAUUUCUUCUUGAUCUUACUGAUGUCAGAAGCAAUUGUGAUUGCUUGCAAUAUCUGUGUAAUGAAUUUCUUAAAGUUGGUAUGUUGACCGAAGUUCAAGUGCGCAAAAUAAUUGCUCGAAGGCAGAGUGAAUCAUUCAAGUACUGUGCUCCAAAACAAAGUCAGCAAAGUGGACAAGCUAAUGCCACUUUAAUCCUCAGAGCUGAGCCUACUGUCAUCAGUAUUUUGAAAUCAUUGGAUUCAGAUUAUUCUAAAAUUCAAGAUGCACUUUUAGGAGUUUUGUGCCACAUGGUGCCAGGAAAAAAUUUCGAGUUGAUUCUUUCUGCAGCAGCUGCUACGGGAAAACUUCACACUUUUACCAGUAAAUUAAUACAAUUCAAUGAUUAUAAUAAAUAUAUUAGUGCUGAAUCUGUUAAAGCAGCACAGACAAGAGCUUUUUUGUUUGAUGUUACCUUUUUAUUACUUUGUCAUAUCACACAAUAUUAUGGCAUUGAAAUAGUUACUGGCCAUACUGAUAAAAAGGAUUCUUUUUUUGUACAAUGGGCAUCUCAGUGUGUAGCUGAAGGAGGCAAAUUCAAGUGUCCAGAGUUGUUGUUAUCCAGAUGUGACCAAAAUAAUGUUGAUAUCCUUCUUUCUCAGUUUCUGAACACAGAGCAGGAAAUCAAAACUCAUCAAGUAAAAUGGCAUGAUGUUUGCAUGAAUGCACCGGCAGCUGCUCGGGAAAUUCUUCUUGCCUGGGAGCAUGGUGCUUUAUCUACGGAAAAAGUCAAAAUUAUCCUCGAUCACAUCAAGGGACAGUUAUGCUUUUUGCCAGUUUGCAUAUCAGCAUGGCUUUGCAAUUACAUCAAUGUUCUUCACCAUGAAGAACGUCUUAAACCAAUGAACAUGCUUCAGCAGUUCAUGGCCCCUUUAUCUGAAUCAGGAACUUCACCUGGCGAGUCGCCCUCGGGUCGCCAGACUCCACAAAUGCCGGGUACUGACCAAGGCAAUACUUACUACACUGAGAGGUCAACUUUGAUGAUCGGUAUCAUCAAUAAAAUGAUGUAUGAUGUACAUCCACCUUCCCAAACAAAGUCGAAAGUUACUCCUAUCAUACCGCAUGGUUUGACUGUAUGCACGCCUUUGGGAGAAAUACUGGAUGAAAUUUUCAAUAAUGUGCAAUCGCAGGGUUGGCUGGAUUUGAAAUCUAUUCGUUAUUUCGAUACUUUACUUUGUGUUGGGGGAGCCAGAUGGCUGUGUGAAGUUCUUGUUCGCAGAGUUCUGAGUUAUCAGUAUUUAAAUGACAUCAACAGAACGGUGGACAUGAUUUUAGGUAUAUUUUACUUAGACAUUGAGCAGUGUGCUUUAGCAUUAUUAUUGCAUGUCUUGCCUUUCUAUCUUUAUAGUGAAGCACAUCAAGAACAGUUAUCUGAGCCUUUUGGAACAGCAUUGUCUCGUUUAACCGUAAUUACAACCUACGCUGCUCUUAAGUCAAGACAAUGUGCUUCCGUUAACGGCAUAAAGGCUGGAUGUAAGAGAAGUCAUAGAGAAGUAGAUAUUGAUGACACAAGAGACCACAGUGAGCAUAGUAGACCCAGCAAAAUACACAGGAGCAAUGCUGAAUUGUUAGAAGACACGCCUUUUGAGCUUCAGUCACUAAGUGAUGAUCAUUUAAGAAAUGCGAUUGCUAAUCCUAUUAAUAAAGCUAUUGCCGAUUUGAUGAGGACUUUGUUGGUUAUAGCUUCAGAUGCUACAAUCAGUGCAAGGUCUCACUUUCCAAUUAGAUUUCUUGAACAAGUUGUACUGUGUGCUAAAGAUCAGGCCUCAGCUAUGCUGCAGUUUAUGCCCUUAGGAUUGGUGGGUUUGUUGUUGAAAAAAUUUCCUGAGGAAUUUAAUCAUGAGCUAAUACUUGCUGUUAGUAGCAUGCAAAGUCCCAGGGCACGUAAAGUUGCUGCGUUAAGUCUUUGCCAAUUGACUAUUGCCCAGAACAGACUUACUUGCAAAAAUCAAUGUUGGCUUGGUUUGUAAACCUUGUGUUUUUUUUUUUUAAAUAUUUAUUUUAAAUAUCAUUUAAAGCUGUUGAGAAUAUUUUAUGGCUUUAGAUAUCAUGAAAUUACUUUCUACAUUAUUUGUUUUUUACUUGUUUGUGCACAUGUAUACCAAAUUUCAUUUUUUUUUGAAAAUUUUCCUCUUCAGAAUGAUGAAAGAAGGGUGGAAAGAAAUGUGGCAAUUUUAAA